GCGAAUGAUAUCCAUUUUCUUUGCAGACACUGAGUAUCUUACGUUCACUGCCGGGAACAUACUGGCUGUUUACAGUGACUAUAAGUUUUACUGCCGUGUCUUGGGCCGUGAAACAGGCAAAUUUACCAGAUUAUUUGGAAUUACAACAUGGGUAUACGACCACGGAGGCAAGUCGUGUUACUGGUAUAGCUCCACUCACUGCCGUAGUGUGGCCUUUUGUCAGUUUAUUGCUUAAAAAGGUUGACUGUGACGGUAUCACGCACAUAUUUCUCGUAGUUUGGAAUUCCUGUUUCUAUGCUUUAAUGGGAUUCUGUCCGAGUCUCAACAUUAUUGGCUUAUCCUUUGCUGACGGGAUAUGUAUAGGUAUGGUUACGACAAUGACUUGGCAGCUUAUCGUUGUCCUGUGUCCUGCUGCAUAUGUAGGGACGCUUGCCGGUUUCGUGUAUACAGUGAGGAGCGUUACGACAGCGCUUGCCUUCAUUGCAGCUGGCUACAUACUACAGAGGGGCAAUAUGAUAGAAAAGGACGAAGCACUGAAACGCUACCAGUAUUUCUUCAUAAUGUUACUAAUUGUGUCAGCCAUGGGAAUAAUAUGCGGAAUUGUGAUGAAUGUUGUAGAUAUCCGAAAGGGAGGCGCUAUGAAUUCCAGGAUACGUAAAUGGAAACGAUCAGAUAUAGAAACCAUAGGUCUAAUAUCAAUGGCGGACCCGUCCAGCAGCAAGUACUGUGGUAAUAGCGACGCCAAAGACAGUGACGACAUUUCAAUGAAUGGAACAUGAAAUAUGACUUGAACCAAAAUGUGAAUGGCUGGCAACCAGACUCUCAGCGUUUAUAGCAAGACAAGCUAAAUUCUAAUAUUAGUUUAUGUCGCCCUAGUUUGAAUCUUCUAGAAUCAGACAUAUCCUACGGGCUAAAAUCACAAACCUCAAAUAAAAAAGUAAUAAUAAAAGUUAUAUCUGAUACUUCUAAUAAAGAAUAAAGGAAUAUUUCUAAAGGAAUAUAUCUGAUAAAAAUGUGUCUUUUAUAACGGUCGUAUACAUCCAUAUACACCUCAAUACUACGCCAAAUGCAACUUAAUUGAGGGUAAAUUGUCUACACGAAUCAUUCUUUAAUUCAUUUCUACUUCAUAUUUCAUUGACCUUAUGUAAAAAUUAAAUUGAUGUAAAUGUAUUGCAGCAAUUAACUUUGAAGGAGUUGAAUUGAAGAUCCGGGAUCCGUCUAUCCAUGUGGAUUAUUUGAUUCUACCAUAUAUUGGGAAUGGAAUAGAACAUUUUGAACUGUUAUUCAGUCACUUCAACCCAUUUUUGGGCCAAACCGCAUUGGACCGAGGACAUGUACUUAUAACAUAUGAUUUGGUGAUCUGUUUAGAGAGAACUCUAAAAGAAAUUCACUUAACAGUUAACAUUGCGCGCCUUUCAAAAUACAAUCUGAAUCAACUUUGGGAUUACAUCAGUAUAUAAUUUUCUAUCUAUUGUACACAACAAGACACGCGAGUACGUUGGAAUUAAACUCAGUAGAUCUAUAGUCAUUAUUUUUGUAUGCGGUUCCAGUCUGAUCUGAUCAAAGGUAGGCAUUUGCCGAUACCAUCAGCACUGUGUUAUGAUCGAUUCUAUCGUAAAUAUUUAGGCCGCCUUGUCGAUUUAUUUCUCAGUGUUAACGUUAGGCUUAAGUCACAGGCACUUGAUUUACAUUGUAAACAAUAACACCAUAACAUGCCGAAAGACAACUAGGCCUAUGCAUAGGAAACAAGUGCCUGUCAGUUAGGCCUACGUCCCAGCUUUUAUAUUGUUAGUUACAGAUGAUGCGAUAUAUCAUAUGUUUCUGACUCGCAUAGUUUAUUAUAUUAGAAGUACAUGUAUGUUAUAUUAUUAGCUACAGCACAGGGGCUAGUAACGAUUAAAAAUGUGUCGGAGUAAUAGGCCUACUAGGCUAUAUAGUAUAAGCCCAUGUGAUAACCCUAGAUUUUUAUCGUUUAUGAAAUGCAGGCUCUUAGUACAUGUGUAGUUAGUCUACAUUAGUCAGCAGAAAUAAACAUAGAUAAACAUG